CUGAAACUGAACUGAAAGUGUCAGGACGAUGGAGAAAAUUUUAUGCGAUGUUCACGGCAGCGUGUGUAUGUUAAAAACCGGCGUUAAAGAUGGACCAAGUAAAGGCAAAAGCUUCUACGUCUGCGUUGACAAGCAAGGCUGUGAUUUCACUCAUGUGGCCAGCGUCUCGCCGUCCCACUGCCUCCAACAUGAAGACUCGAUCGUGGAGCUCCAAGCUCUCACCUUCAGUCUACAGCAACAAAGCCACAGGUUGUACUACAGGUGUGUUUUGGGUAAAAAAACAGGUCAGAGGUGGUGUGGAAGCGUGCCUUGGACUGUGCCAGAGAAAGAAAAGAGAAACCCUCUGUCUGACACACAGCUGCAGCCCUCUGGCCUGCCGCCUGUCCGAAACCCCUUCAAAGCCCCUGCCAAGACGGACAAGGACUCUGAGUGGAGACGGAUGCAGCAUGGUGAAGGCGACGAGGAAAGCAAGGAGAAAGACAGCGAGGCGAACCACAAGGCUGCAGGAAGAGAGAGCUGUCAGAAAGAGAAUGUGGAGAGUGCAAAAGUAAAAGAUGACGACAAAGGGAAGCCGGAUUCAUCUGAUUUUUACCGAGGCAAACAACUUCCACUGGGGAUGAAGUUAAAGAAGAGAGUCUCAGAUGAGGAGAGAAGCAGUCCCAAAGCUAACGGUGAGGAAAAAACUACAGAGAAGGUGCAAGACAAGACUGAAGAGAACCGCACCGAGCAGGGAGAAGCUGAAAACACUACUUCUACCUCCAGUGUCAAGACUGUCAAACCUGUGAAAAUAAAUCAAACCUCACAGAAUCCUCAAAGGGAUUCGCCGCAACAACCAAGCAAGGAUGACACCUCUCCGGUAAAACAAACUGGCGAUACUGUGAAAGAGAGCAACUCUAAAUCUGUACUCAGUAGUAACACCAGAGACUCGAUAUCGACCAAACCAUCACAGUCAGAGUCCAGUCAAACCAAAAUCAACCAAGACGACGACGACGACGAUGUUGUGGUGGUGUCAGUGAAACCUGCCACUCAGAAAACUCCCCCUGUGUCAGCUGUGCAAAAGACGCUGACCGACUUCGCUGGGUUCCAACCGGCUUCACAGGUCAAAGGUCAGCAGAACGGGCUGCACAGCCUGCUCACUGCUCAGCUCAAACAGAAAAAGGCGACUCUGUCUGUGGUGAACGUGGCGGCUCUGCCAGACAAAGGGGAGAGGUUGAGGACUCAGGUGAAAGAGCUGGAGGACGCGCUGGAGUCUCUGAGUCUCACUGCUGCUUCUCAGCCUGGGUCUCAGGAUGGAGAUAACAGCAAAGAUGCCAGUCUGGGUAGCAGCGAGGUUAACCCUUUCAGCCGGCAGGGAGGCACCAUCCUGCUGCCCGCCCCCCCAGCUCCGAGCCAUUCCCAGCACCAGGCCUCCAGCAGCUCCUUGGGGCUCCAGCUGAGCCAGGGAUACACUCAGAUGUAUGGAGCAAACCCACAGGUCCAGGCCUUUUACGGCGGCAGGAUGACUGAGGACCGUCUGCUGGCGGUGAAAAACGCCACCUCCGAGGCCAUCGACCAUCUCCACAAAUCCUUGGACUCCUGCCCCGACAGCGAGACCGAGGCUCCAGACCCCAAAGGCAUCAAGGUGUCGCUCCUGGCCCAUCAGAGGAGAGCUUUGGCCUGGCUGCUCUGGAGAGAAGCCCAGAAUCCCUGCGGAGGAAUCCUCGCGGAUGACAUGGGUCUGGGAAAAACCCUGACCAUGAUUGCUCUCAUACUGGCCAAGAAGGUGAAGGCAAAAGCGGAGGAAGAGAAAGAGGGGGAGAAAAAGGAGGAGAGCUGGAUCUCCAAAACUGACUCCAGACUCGUGGUCUCUAAAGGCACUCUGAUCAUCUGUCCUGCCUCUCUGAUCCACCACUGGAAGAGGGAGAUUGAAAGACACGUGAAGACCGGCAGGCUGUCUGUGUACUUGUACCACGGCCCAAACCGUGAGAAAAGCUCCAGAGUGCUGGCGGAUCACGAUGUGGUGGUGACCACAUACAGUUUGGUCUCGAAGGAGAUCCCAGUCCAGAAGGAGGACGGUGAGAAACUCGGCAAAGAUACUGAUACUUCUCAGCCAUCGCGCUCUGCUCCUCUUCUGCGAGUGUCCUGGGCGCGGGUGGUUCUGGACGAAGCCCACAACAUCAAAAACCCCAAAGUGCAGACCUCCAUAGCCGUCUGUCAGCUGAAGGCUCGGGCCCGCUGGGCUGUCACCGGCACACCCAUCCAGAACAACCUGCUGGACAUGUUCUCACUGCUCAAGUUUCUGCGUUGUUCUCCGUUCGAUGAGUACAAACUGUGGAAAGCUCAGGUGGACAACGGCUCAAAAAGAGGCAGAGAGAGACUCAACAUCCUGACGAGGAGUCUGCUGCUGCGACGAACUAAAGACCAGCUGGACUCCACGGGAAAACCACUGGUGUCUCUUCCUGAUCGAUCCUGCGAGGUGCAUCGGCUCAAACUGUCCGAGGACGAACAGGCCGUGUAUGAUGUGGUCUUUGCACAAUCAAGAUCUACUCUGCAGAGCUACUUGAAGAGACACGAAGAAAAGGAUUUGAAAAAGGGAAAUGCUUCCAGUUCCAAUCCCUUUGACAAAGUGGCCCAGGAGUUUGGUAUGUCCCAGGCUGACCCUGUUAUGUCGAGUUCCCAGCAGCCUCAGCAGGCGUCCAGCACCGUCCACAUCCUGUCCUUGCUGCUGCGCCUCAGACAGUGCUGCUGUCACCUGUCACUUCUUAAGAAGACUCUGGACACGUCGGAGCUGCAGGGUGAUGGGAUCGUCUUGUCUCUGGAGGAGCAGCUCAAUGCUCUGUCUCUCUCCUCCAGCCCCUCGCCAUCACAACCCAGAGACACCGUGGCCCUCAACGGCACUCGCUUCCCCUCACAGCUGUUUGAGGACACCAGUGAGAGCACAAAGAUUUCUGCCAUCAUCACUGAGCUGAAAGCAAUCAGACAGAACGGUGCUGAUCAGAAAAGCGUGAUCGUGUCUCAGUGGACCAGCAUGCUCAGCAUCGUUGCAGUUCACCUGCAGCAGAUGGGCCUGAGACACGCUGUCAUCGACGGGUCUGUUAACCCCCGGCGCCGCAUGGACCUGGUGGAAGAAUUCAACACUAACCCUGACGGACCGCAGGUGAUGCUGGUUUCUCUUUGUGCUGGAGGAGUUGGACUCAAUCUGAUUGGUGGAAACCACCUUUUUCUCAUUGACAUGCACUGGAACCCAGCUUUGGAGGAUCAGGCCUGUGACCGAAUCUACAGAGUAGGACAAAGUAAAGAUGUCACCAUCCACAGGUUUGUGUGUGACGGCACAGUGGAGGAGAAGAUCUCUACACUGCAGGCGAAGAAGAAGGAGCUGGCCCAGAAUGUGCUGUCGGGGACGGGCAGCACCUUCUCCAAACUCUCGCUGGCUGAUCUCAGAAUCAUCUUUGGUGUCUGAGAUGGGAGCGAAUCAUCAGUUACAACACCAGACACACUACAUUCAAAAUUCAGGGUAUAUAAGUGUGAAAAAUCCUGAAAUAACUUAAUAAGACCAAGAUAGUAACAUAAAUCUAAGAUGCUGGAGAGGUGUUUAUCCACCAUGUUUCUUCCUCUAUUAGCUGAAUCCAGAAUAAACUGUAUAUAAAGAUGGAUGACGCGUCCCCACUUACACACCUCCAUGCAAAAGUGAAGCCAAAACAUCCCGGAUAAAACCGCUGUUAUUUUGCGCUCGUGAUGUCAUUUGGAGUCAGAGUCUGUGCUGUUACGAUCACCCGUCCAACCAGUUGAGAGCAGCGCUUCUGAACACACGCACACACAUUUGCACACACAACUGUCAAUCAUGGCAUCAAAUACCCCGUUUAUAGAAUUCAAUCAUACAUAUUGAAAUAUCCGCUGUCAUCUUGUGCCGGUGGCAUUUUUGGAGCUGGAGUCUUGGCAGUAACAGGGGGAGUUUCUACAAAAAACACCUGUCCAAUCAAUCACAAGCAGCCCCAUUGAAUGCAAGCACACAGAUUAGCACACACAGCUGUCAAUCAUGACGGAAAGUUAUCAGAUUUUGUUAAAAUCUGAUAACUUAUUAAAACUGAACUUUUCAUAAAAACGAGCACUUGAUAAAACAUCAGGGUGAUGAGAAUCUUUGAGGUAAAUUUAUUUAGCGUUUACUUUAAGUUUUUAGGUUGGCUCAUGUCCCACUCACUAACACAGAGGGGGCAGGGUUCAUGACCUAUACCGCAGCCAGACACCAGGGGGCGAUCCAGAUGUUUUAGCCUCACUUUAGUCAUCCAUCUUUAUAUACAGUCUGUAUCUGCAUCUGAACUGCUGAAAAUUUUACUGGACUCAGUGUGCCUUCACAUUUUAUUGCAGUUUACUUUUCUCUCUCUAACGGUCUUUUCAUUUCAUAACUUUUAGUAGCCUUUUAUUAACAGAGACAAACUUUAUCAAAGUAAUACUAAUUUCUAAUAGUGCACUCAAUGGAAUUAAGAAUAUACAAAUAUUCCUUUUUAUUUGUGUCACCUGAUGGACUUUUAUUUUAUUUAAAGCUCUUCAAUUUUUUUGAUAAGGUGUAUUGUUUUUGUAUAUGUGUUGAUUUGAUUGUUUGAAUAAAUUCAGUAUGACGUCCUUUACUUUUAAAAAAAAAAAAAAAAAAUUCUUGCCAAUUUUUGGUCCAUGUCUUGUUAAGUUGCUCUGUGAAGUUCCCUCUAUGUUUUUUUUUUUUUUUUUAGAGAAACCAAAGCAAUUUGAACACUAAAGACUGGCACAAUAUAGCUAUUUGAUUUGUGGAUGUAAUAUAUUCAGAAUACAACCUGGCCACAAAUAGUUUAAUUUAUUUAGUUAUACGGGCAAAACACUGCAUAUUUUGAGUUAGAUCUGUGUGUUUAAAUAUAGCAGAAUGUGUGAGUGAGAACAUAUUAAACUAUGUUAAAGUUUGAAUCUGCAUUAGUGUUUUAUAUCAGAUUUAUGUCUUGAUUUGUUGCUGUGGCGGCUCGCCCUGUGCAGUCCACCAUGUUUUCAUCGCUCCUCAGAGGGUCGUUUAAUGUCCAUGCUGCAUUUGGAAACGUCGGAACUUUUGGUUUCGCUGUGUCAAAAAACGACAACCAAGAGUUCAGUAACAAACCAUAU